AUGCCUGGGCACUUACAGGAAGGCUUCGGCUGCGUGGUCACCAACCGAUUUGACCAGUUAUUUGACGACGAAUCGGACCCCUUCGAGGUGUUGAAGGCAGCAGAGAACAAGAAAAAAGAAGCCGGCGGGGGCGGCGUUGGGGGCCCUGGGGCCAAAAGCGCAGCUCAGGCCGCAGCUCAGACCAACUCUAAUGCGGCGGGGAAACAGCUACGUAAAGAGUCCCAGAAAGACCGCAAGAAUCCGUUGCCCCCCAGCGUCGGCGUGGUUGACAAGAAGGAGGAGACGCAGCCUCCUGUGGCGCUUAAGAAAGAAGGAAUAAGACGUGUUGGAAGAAGACCUGAUCAACAACUUCAGGGUGAAGGGAAGAUAAUUGAUAGGAGACCAGAAAGGCGACCACCUCGUGAAAGAAGAUUUGAAAAGCCACUUGAAGAAAAGGGUGAAGGAGGAGAAUUUUCCGUUGACAGACCGAUUAUUGACCGGCCUAUCCGAGGCCGUGGUGGUCUUGGAAGAGGUCGAGGAGGUCGUGGACGAGGAAUGGGCCGGGGAGAUGGCUUUGAUUCUCGUGGCAAACGUGAAUUUGAUAGGCAUAGUGGAAGUGAUAGAUCUUCUUUUUCACAUUACAGUGGCCUGAAGCAUGAGGACAAACGUGGAGGGAGCGGAUCUCACAACUGGGGAACUGUCAAAGAUGAAUUAACAGAGUCCCCCAAAUACAUUCAGAAACAAAUAUCUUAUAAUUGCAGUGACUUGGAACAAUCAAAUGUGACUGAGGAAACACCUGAAGGUGAAGAACAUCCAGUUGCGGACACUGAAAAUAAGGAGAAUGAAGUUGAAGAAGUAAAGGAAGAGGGUCCAAAAGAAAUGACUUUGGAUGAGUGGAAGGCUAUUCAAAAUAAGGACCGGGCAAAAGUAGAAUUUAAUAUCCGAAAACCAAAUGAAGGUGCUGAUGGGCAGUGGAAGAAGGGAUUUGUUCUUCAUAAGUCAAAAAGUGAAGAGGCUCAUGCUGAAGACUCAGUUAUGGAUCACCAUUUCCGGAAGCCAGCAAAUGAUAUUACAUCUCAGCUGGAGAUCAAUUUUGGAGACCUUGGCCGCCCAGGACGUGGUGGCAGGGGAGGACGAGGUGGCCGUGGGCGUGGUGGACGUCCAAACCGUGGCAUCAGGACUGACAAGUCAAGUGCUUCUGCUCCUGAUGUGGAUGACCCAGAGGCAUUCCCAGCUCUGGCUUAA